UGAUGGUUGACAGGGCUGUUUCCUCGGUGGUUCCCCAUUAUUGAUCACACAACUAGUUUGUCAGAAUUCCAGUUCCAAAAUGGCUGGCAUUAGUCGUCGAAAGAAUUUCCCCCAAACUAACGAGUUAUCUCGGAAGGAAGAGAUGGCUAACAAGCCAUCUCGGGUGGGCUCGGAUAUCUCCAGUUCUCUAAUGGGUGAUCACAACGAAGUGAAUGCACGAGCACAGCAUCUCAAUGCCAACCUCGAGAAAUAUUACCCCGAGUGGAAUGAAACCAAUUUACAAAGCAAUCGACAAGCCGAAACGGAACGGGUCAAGGCGGAGAAAUUGGUCCAAGAGACGAAAGAGCUCAUUUCGGAUGUAAAGCAACGCGUCAAGCAGGACCACAAGGAGGUCCAGGUGCGCUUCCGUCAACGGGUAGGGGAUAUUGGAUUCUGGAAAUCCGAAUUGGACAACCGGUUGACCACCUUAAAAUCCCUCUUGGAUGAAAUGGACAGUCAAUCGAUCCGUCUGGGUCAAGCCUUGCAAGCCUGUGAUCUGCCUUUGAAGGUCAAUGACCAAUGUCUGGCAUUUCGCCGUCAAAGACAGGGCGUGGAUAAUGUUCGAGAUAAUGUCGAGCGGCAUCUAGAGUUUGAGCUUCAAACCGUUCAAAGCGCUCAAGUGCUGCUGAAGCAAACCCAUAUGCAAGUGGACGAGGAUAUGCGGCAAAUCCGCAGAGCGAAAAAUAUCAUUGAAAAGGACCUGGCUGACAAAGAGGUAGCCUUGAACAUUGAUGAAAGCACGUCCACAUUAGAAAUGACGGGUCCGAGUAAGACUAACAAACCGGAGCCCUUGAAACGAUAUCCGAUCAAGAAGAAGACCGAGGUGACCACUUACACUCCAUCUGAUUGGCAGAGCUUGUGCCAAAAGAACCUAGAGAUGGCCGACCUUCGGGUUCAAAACACGCUUUCGUUGCAAUCAACCGUGGAUGGCAUCUUAGCCCACGUGGCCUCGCAUCUUCGUUCUCAGAAAGAUCUCACGGAUCGAGCAUUCGAGCGACGUCUCAACGAGGUCAAAGGAGCCAAGAACUUGUUGGAGCAACAACUCUCCGAGACCAUCGUCAAGAUCCACGAGUUGGAAGAAAGCGUGGAGGCCUUGGACAAGGCGCUGUCGGCCAAGCAUGGGCCUUUGGCCACGUGCCAGAUCCGUAUUCAAAAGCGCAAGCAACGACCCGAACGUGAACUGGUGUUGGACGACGUGGACCUCCAACUUCAAAUGGAGUCGGAGAACCUCAUUGAAUCGAUUCGUCGGCUCGAAACCCAACUCUCUCGUUCCCGGGAUUGUUAUGCGGCUCUCCAAAAGAGCCGGUUGGACUUGGAGGCCCAAAUCAAUGUCAAAAAUCAAAGUAUAUUCAUCGACGAAGUCAAGUGUGUUACACUUCGCCAAGGCGUUGUCAUACAGCCCUACUAGAUUGGCGGAGGAUAAAAGCCGUUUUUUGCACCCCUUGCACAAAAUCAAAUCGCUUCACUAUGCGUCUAUAAAAGGAAUUUACUUCUCUGCGAUUGGAAAAAUCAAUCUGGUUCAGAGUUGAGUCACAUCAAUUGGGUCAAGUUAAAUCUUGUUGGUGAGGUCCAGCUCUCCACCCUCGCCCCGCAUCCAAGCCUCAAUUUCGUCCACGGUCCGUGGCACCACAGACAUGAGCUCCACACCAGUUUCAGUCACGAUGAUAUCAUCCUCAAUCCGGACUCCUCCAAAAUUUCGAUACUCGGCAAUCUUCUCUUUGACCAGGAACUUGUUGAGCUCCGGAUUGGCCAAGGCCUCGUCCAGAAGGUAGUCAAUGAAAUAGCAUCCUGGUUCGAUGGUCAGCACCAUGUUUGCCUUGAGAGUACGGGCUGUCCGCAAAUUGCCCACUCCAGGGCCCUUGGGACGAGAUGGAU